AUGGGCCUGGCCCUUACUGUCCUAACUUGGGCCUGUUCUCCCCAAAGGGGCUGUUUGGCCAACUGGCCCAUAUCUUUUUUACAUGGUAUCAGAGAGGUGAAAGAUCCGUUUCUCAUGGCAGAUACUGAAGCUCCUAACUCCAACGAACAAGGCCUGGACAACGAUCUUCAUGAUCCCUUCUUUGUUCAUCACUCUGAUAAUCCUACAACAGUUUUUGUCUCUCCACUUCUCACGGAAGACAACUUCACCACAUGGCUUUGCGCUAUGAGGAUGGCGCUCCGCGCAAAGAAUAAGUUUGGGUUUGUUGAUGGUACCCUCAAACCACCAACCGAUGUCAAAGAGCUGCAACAAUGGCAGAGAUACAACGAUCUAGUGAGUUCAUGGAUCCUCAAUUCGACAGAUAGCGAAAGUCGGGCAAGCGAAAGUCGGGCAAGCGUACUCUAUGCCGAGAGCCAGGGAAAUAUGGCUUGA